AUGAUGUCCUGCAGCCGUCGUCUCACAUCUUUGGCCUCAGCGCCCUCGCGCUUCAUGGCCCGCGCCUAUUCCUCGACUGUGCCCCGUCUUCACGAGAACCGCAUGCAACCUAACGACCCUUCCCCGCCAGCCCCCAAGCCCAAUGUGUCUGCUACCAACGCCCCGGAGGCCAGCUCUGCACCCAUUGACAGACUUGUGGUGAUGGAAAACACCUAUGUGGAGAACCCCGCCGUUGGCGAGCAGAUCCGCAGCAUGCAGGCCCCAAACCGAGCUACCACCUGGGCAGCCAGCCAGCAGCCCCGUGCGCAGGCCAUGACUGGUCCCCGUUUCGAGCAGACUAUCAUGGAGACUCAGCCACGUCCCAUGGCCGCUAUUGAGCUCAUUCACAAGCAGCCUGUUCGAUGGACCAAGUCUAAGGUUGUUAGCUGCGAUGGUGGCGGCGGCCCUCUCGGCCACCCCAAGGUUUUCAUUAACACCGACAAGCCCGAGAUUGCUACCUGUGGAUACUGCGGUGUGCCCUUCGCUCAAGAAAAGCACAAGGCCUACCUCAAGUCUCUUCCCGCUACCAGCUACCCCCUCGAGCCUACCGGUGACCCAGCCGAGGUGAACGAGUCCCAGCGUGUUCCCCCGCCACCGGUGGCUUUGAGCAGCGGUAAAAAAAAAUGA